GCCUCGAGCCCAACCCAGCCUUCCACUGUUCCACAUAAAGAGAGGUAUCACAGUUUAUUUUGAUCACCUUGCUGCUAGGCGCAAUCCACUUCUUGGGGCUGUUUUUUCUCAACAAAAAUAAUUCAAUGUUAGUAAAAAUAAUUCCAGUUUAAUAUAAUAAGGUGAACUAAAACAAUAACGUAAUAAUGAAAAAGUAAAACAUUUUACUAAUAGAAUAGGAGGCCAAAAUUAUUGAUAUCAAGAAUCUGGUAAGCGUAGAAAAUUCAAUGGGUUACAAACAUUGUGAGCAGUACGUCCUUUUAGCACAUGGGAAGAAGCCCUACAUAGUACUUUGAUAAGUCUUCUUAUAGACAUAUACCACAUACAUACUUUGAUCAAUUAAAGAUAAGUCCAUAAGAAUACAAGGUGAGAAUACAAGAUCGAUAAGUCUUAGUUGUCUAUCUUGAACAAGGAUAAGUCUUUAUUUCUCUUAUAUUUAUUGGUCGCUUUACUAUUGUGCUUGAAAAAAUUGAGAGUGCUUUCCACCUCAAUUCAAUCUUUUUUUGCAGUAAAAAUAUAUACACUAUUUGCUUUGUUUGAAUUUGUUGAGAAACAUGAACGCCAUAGUGGAAAAUGCGGUAGGUGGACUUCUAGCCAGCGAAGCUCAUGGAGUGAUUGGAAUAGUGUUGUCACGUAUCAACGCCGAAAUCAAGCUAGCUUGGGGAUUUAAGAAAGAGUUAGAGGAGCUUCAAGUACAACUCAGUACAGUAAUGGAGAUGUUACAAGGUGCUUGUUCCCAGGCAAUCACCAAUUCACUGAUGGAUGAUUGGCUCAAAAAAAUCAAAGAUGCUGCCUACGAUGCUGACGACUUGUUGGACGAAUGGUCCUAUGAAGCUCUAGAGGCCAGAAUCCGGAUACGAAAGAGGGACAAGUUUAUACGCGGAGUCUCUAAGCCCUUUUACAGCUUACGUAUGGGUCACAAAGAAAGGGACUUGACAAAAUUGAUCAGCAACAUCUACAGUGAUGGUUACAAGCUUGGCAUCAAACCUAUCGGUGUUGCUGCAGGUGAGAUUUACAACAAUCAACACUCUCAUCAAAUUGAAGAUCAAGAGACAAGGCUUUGUAACAUGCGACACUAUGUGGAUGAAAAGUUACUCAUAGGAAGGGAUGAGGAGCUAGCACAUGCACCUUGUUAAGUUAUUAUGUGAUUCCAACACCAACAACUUAUCAACUCUCACUGUGAUAGGCAUUGUGGGCAUGGCAGGUUUGGGAAAGACGAUAUUGUGUAAACGCAUUUCCAAGGUACAUAAGGUGACAAAAUUCUUCAACUCCAUGGUUAUUUGGCUUGUCAUCUCUUCUAGUUUUGAUCUGCUAGAUAUUUUAAAUAGAAUGGUGGAGAUAGUUUUGAAAGAUUCUUCAAACAUGAGAGAUAGACAGGCACUGAUAUUAAGGCUUCAUGAAAAGUUGAAGAAAAAGAAGUAUUUACUCAUAUUGGAUGACGUAUGGGAUACAAUUGAUUGGGAUUCCCUGAAAUCUACGCUAGAGGAAAUUGGUGGAUCACGUGUUAAUAAUGUAUUAGUGACUUCACGUGACAAAUUUGCGGUAGAAAAAAUGGAAACAACUGGUUAUGAUAAAAUAACCAUUAGAAAGCCCUCAAUUUAUAUGUUGCAGGGAUUGAGUGAAUGUGACAGUUGGUCUCUUCUUAUGAAGAGAAUAGGUGAUGAUAAUCUUGGCAGUGAGAAAGAGUUGAUUGCAAGGAGGAUGAUGAAGAACUGUGGAGGCGUUCCUCUAGCCAUAAAAGCACUAGGAAACUUGCUAAGGGAUAAAGAUAUAGAGAUAUGGAAGGAGUUUGAGAAGAGUCAUUUGUGGACGAAUAAAGAUAAUAAUGGCAUUUUACCUUCCUUGAGAUUAAGUUAUGACUACUUACCAUGCACGGCUUUGAAAAAAUGCUUUGCUUAUUGUGCCAUUUUCGAAGAAGAUGAUAUCAUUGAAAAGCAAAAGUUGAUAUGCAUGUGGAUGACACAAGGCUUCUUGCACCCGUAUGUUGAAAUGGAGGCUAAAGGUGAAGAAUAUAUUGAGCAUUUGUUGAAUAGUUCCCUUUUCCAAGAGCCAAAGAUGGAUGAAUUUGGCAAAGUGAAGACAUUUAAGAUGCAUGAUCUAGUAUUGUCUCUUGCACGUUUUAUUUCAAAGGGAGAGUGCUGGUUUUCAGAUGAAGAUGAAAUGUCAAAUGAGGUUCGACACUUGAUAGUUCCUAAACAUUCUAAAAACAAAGAGCUCACUCUCACAUCUUCUACAAAAAGGUUGAGAACAUGCUUGCUUUACAAUAAGAAACUUGAAGGUCCUAGCUUACAUGUUUUGUUAAAAAACAACCCCUUAAGGGUGUUAGAUAUAGGACAAAAUUGGAGUGAGGAUUUUGAUUGGGAGCUGUUGGGUAGGUUAAAACAUUUGAGGUACUUUGGAAGUAGUGUUAGCCAUGGUUUGGGUUUCAUCGCCAAACUUUACCAGUUGCAAAUACUAUGUGUAUAUAGCCAUAAUCAAUUAGUAACAGACCCAAAUAAGAGUAUUUUUCCAAAAGAAAUAGGUAAUUUAGUAAAUUUAAGGCACAUCCUCUAUGUUAAUGACAUUGGUGUACCUUUACAAACUUUACCGUCCAUAAAUUUAGGGAAAAAAUGGGGUUGGAGAUUUGGUGAACUAGGGUCGUUGAAUAAUCUUAGGGGUACAUUGAAACUCUACAAUUUACAUAAUUUAAGUGGUGAAGAAGAAGCUCGCAGCCUACUUCUAGACAACAAGUCAUAUCUUAGCAGUUUAGUUUUCAAUUGGGUUCAUAACUUGAAAAUAAAAAAGGAAACCAAUGAUAAUGAAAUUCUAGAAGCCCUGCAACCUAAUGUCAAUUUGAAAAUGUUUGAGAUCUUGAAUUAUUGCGGUACUACAUUUCCAAAAUGGCUAAUUGAAGGAGGUUCCUCACAUCCCAACCUCGUCUCCCUGAAGAUUUAUGGGUGUGAAGCUGAGGGAAAUCUGAAAUUGGAGAACUUGAGAUGUCUUCGUUUCUUAACAAUACAACAUUGCAAGAAGCUGAUUAUUGAAUUACCUGAGGAAGGGUUUCGAUGUCGCGAAUCUUUGGAAGAAAUAAUGGUGGUAGAUGGUUGUUACUACUUCAGAAAUCCAGUAGGGUUGGGCAGCCUUCCUCGUUUAAGGGAACUGUGCACUGAUGUAAUACAACUAGUUACAGACUUGGAUAGAAAAAGUCCAGUUUGCAAAUCUCUUGAAAAAUUAAAAUUGAUAGGUGAUAAGACUGAUAACUGUUCUACGAAUGAACUUCCCGAUCAGCUCCAACAUUUAAAGGCACUCCAAUGUUUGGCAAUUGAAAAAUUCUCAAAUAUGAACAGUAUACCCAACUGGUUGGGGAAAUUGACAUCUCUCAGAGAGCUGUCUCUCUUAAGCUUGCCCAGUUUGAAGUAUCUCCCUUCUUUUUUGACAAGAAAGUAUUUUCCUAAUGUGUUUCAUGAGAAGUCAUCAUGUUGGGUGAGACAUGGGGAGACUUGGAGUGAAUCCUGAUGGGUUUUAUGACAAAAGGAUAAUUUUCAAAAAACCACCCAAAAAUGUGUUGAAUUUCUAACUAACCAUCCAAAAAAAAAUUUAUUUUAAAAUACCACCCAUUAAAUUAAUUUUUUGCUCAGAUUCCCAUCCAAUUUGAAAAUCCGGUGGUUUUUUAGCUUGUGGGGCCCACAUAACGGCUAGUUUAUGCUUUUAUUUGUUUUCUUCCCCCGAUUUUUCCUAUAAAAGUGUAUUCCUUAUUCAAUUUUUGCAAUUAGAAGCAAGCUUAAUUUUGUGUAAUUUGGGGAAAAUUUUUGUUUAGGAGCAAAAGUUGAAUAAGGAAUACACUUUUAUAGGAAAAAUCGGGGGAAGAAAACAAAUAAAAGCAUAAACUAGCCGUUAUGUGGGCCCCACAAGCUAAAAAACCACCGGAUUUUCAAAUUGGGUGGGAAUCUGAGCAAAAAAUUAAUUUAAUGGGUGGUAUUUUAAAAUAAUUUUUUUUUUGGGUGGUUAGUUAGAAAUUCAACACAUUUUUGGGUGGUUUUUUAAAAAUUUUCCUAUGACAAAAGCAGGCGUUACAUAGACGAGUCCUCAUGGAAAAAUUGUUUCAUCAGGUAUCAGGUAUGUUACCAAUUACGUUCUCUUUUUAUGUUUUAAGAAUGAGAAAAAAUCUUAGCAUGUAAAUUAAUCCAACAAAAUGAUCAAAUUUCAUUAGCGUAAAAUUAUGCACAUUUAUCAAAAAAAAAAAAGUGCACUAUUAAUUUAAAAGUUGUGCACGUUUAUUUUACACUUAUAGUUGACUUUUACACUAUUUACAUAUCUCACUUUGACUAGCUAUGGUGAUUUAUAGGUUAUAAAAAUUAUAGUUAUGUAAAAUAUAGUUAUACUUGUCUCAAUCUAAUAUCAAAAUUUUGUAAUUUUUACACAUUGGUAAUUAAAGAUAAUAAAGAUCAAUAUAUAUUGGAAGUGUUUGCAAAUGUUAAGAAAUAGAGGAAGUAUAUGAUAUUUUUUUCACCUUUUUUCCUCCACAACAUCUCUCUAGCUUCCUUAUUUUAUUUCAUUUUGUAUUUUUUUACAUUUUUGAACCAUUUAUGCAAAUUAUAACAUAUAGUAUUUUCCGUUUUUUUUUUAAAAAAAAAAAACAUAAAGUGUUUUUGUUUUUUAGCUAUUAAAUUUCUCGCGUGGCUCUUUAAAUAACGAAAAAAAAAAACAUUUCCGUCUAUAAGUCCAUUCCAGGUUUAGAAUAUUCCCUUUAUUGCAUGCAUUUCUACAUCCUGCAGAAAUUUCAUCAAAUUUGAUUAGCCUUUGUUUGGAUUAAAUAUCGCAGAAUCAUAUUAUUACUGUUAUAUCUGCUCUCGUUUUACAGGGUGGUUUUUCCAGAUCAAAUAUUGGACCACAAUAUUCUGGAAGAGAAGGAGAAAAUUGCUAUUGACCAAUUGAGGAAGCGUAUGAGGUUUUUUUUUUAAAAAAAAAAUAUAAUAUAAUGUGAUUCUAGCCGGAAAUACUAAUGUGGUAGUGCUACCCUAACUUUUAAAUUUUUUGUGGUAGUUGUUUUUAAAAAAAAUUUAAAAGAUAGUUGUUUUCAAAAUAGAGGCUAUAAUUGGUAGUUGUUGACAAAAUUAGCUAGUUUUAACUUUUUAUCUAGCCUUUUAGAAUGCAUGAUAAUUGAUAAUUGGUACUCUGUAAGUAUUAUCUUGGGAUUGAUCAGAUUUAUAGAAUUACUAGUUUUGUACCCGUGCGAUGCCCAGGUUGCUUAUUGAAUUUUAAGAUAAAUUUUUAA